AUGAAGUUCUCUCUUGCUCUAACCGGUCUGAGCAUCGCCCACCUCUCUGCCAGAGUCUCGGCCGUGCCAACCCAAAUUCGGCAUGAUGUUUCCAACACCUCCUACGCGGCCGACAUGUUCACAACGGCCAUUGAAUGGAGCGAUGCCUACUGGGACGAAGAUGCCGGCUACUUACUUGCAGCAUCCAGUGGUUCUGGCCGCUACGAUACUCGCCACAGCGCCUGGUAUGCGACCCAACUCCUAGCCAGGAACGAACGAGGCGAUGUUGCAAGGGCAGUUCGAAUAUUCAAUAAUGUAAUCUCGGGCCAAUAUCUCGACCCCUCAAAGCAAUGGUACGGCGACUACCAGCAAGCACCAUCUCAGCCUGAACCUGGAACGUCCAAAUAUCCCGAUGAGGGGCCAUACAGCUCCUGGGAUCCUAAUGUCCGCGACUUUGUUGGCUGCGCCUGGCUGGUAGCUCUGAAUGACUAUGAGCAUCUGCUUCCAGCCACCACGGUAUCAAAAAUAGAGCGCUCGCUUCAUAUUGCGGCAAAGGGGGAUCUUUACCGUGUGGGUGGAGUCGAAGGCGACAAUCUAUACCCCUGCUACUCGAAUCCUUGGAUAAUGCGAACAAUUCUUCAGAGUUGGGUCGGUACUCGCUUGAACGACAAGAAUUUGACUCAAACCGGUGAGCAUUUUGCUCAGGAACUCUAUGACCUUUGGAGCAUUCAUCACACACUCUCCGAAUUCAACUCUCCAACCUACGCUGGCGUUGCAAUGUGGGCUUUAGCGCUAUGGGGCCAAUACGGCAGCGAGGGAAGUUUGCUGAAAAAAUACGCCCCAGAGAUCUUGGCCGCCAGCUGGGAUGAGCUUGCGCAGCUUUACAAUGCGAAUCUCAAAAAUACGGCCGGUCCCUGGGAUCGCACGUAUGGGUAUGAUAUGAAUUCCUACGCAUCCCUCACAGCGGCCGUUAUCUGGGGUGCAGUUGGAAGAGAAUACGCACCUUUUCCACGACAAAUCUCGGGAAUGUACCACCAAGAAGAUUUUGCAUUCUAUCCCCUUUUCGCCCUCGCUAUGCCUGAGAUGCUGAAGUACCUGUCUCCCGAGUCUAAAUCAAGCCUCAUCAAAUUCCCGGGUGAUCAUUUCUACACCGCGAAGGCAUACUCGCCGCCGUUCGAUACCUAUUCCCGCAAUAUCACGACCUGGAUGUCUAAGGAUCUGACAAUUGGCGCGGAAUCGAUUGCGGAAGUGGUUGUUGGAGGACCCGCAAAGAGUAGUAGUGCGUUCAGCCCUGCUCUCAUUCAGUGGGCAAUUGAUGAUAAGCAGGUGGGAUGUGUUACCCACUGGGUGACCGAGUCUUCGAUUGAUGCCGUGGCUUCCAAGAAUGGCCUGCAUAUUUCGUAUCCCAAUGCUACAAUCGGAAACGGACCUGUUUCAUUCAAUUUCCUUGUCAGUGGGCUUGGGAUCAAUCACGGGGCCAAUGUGACCGGGUUGGAAGGCCUUCCUGGGUUGGACGUCAAGGUGAAAACAAACGCGCUGUCGAACUACAGUAUCGUUUACAAUACGGAUCAGGAGGUUAAUGAGUUCAUUUUCUACAAUAUUACAUAUACCAUGCCCGAGAGCUUUGAUGAGGCUCCCUUCAUAUCUCUGCAGGUUGUUUGA